GUUACAUGCGUGGAGCUUCAGCUCCAAGUACUGGCUCAUUUGCCUUCUCGCCGUUUACGCAGCAGCCGCAGUCGCAGCAGCAGCAGCCCUUUUACAUCUUCGGGCGAUCACCUGCUCAGCAACAACAACAGCAACAGCAACAUCAGCAACAACAGCAACAACUGCAGCAUCCACAGCAAUUCCAGCAACAGCAACAACCUCAACAACAGGGGAUUAUUUUUCAACCGCCAAAUCUACUUACCAGCACGCAGAUCAAGACUACUAUACCUUUUAACGGACUGAAACUGCAUGGAACCACUUAAAGGGGGUGUACAUGGCAAAAGACACAA